AUGGAGGAAGAAAAAGACCAGCCUCAGCAAGACCCAAAUCUUGCGCAACGCCGCUUUGGAGGCAUUCAUUGGUCAGCCCGCAGCUGUGAUUUGACGUCCGUGGAUUACUUCCUAUGGGGUGCUGUUAAGGAACGCUGUUACACUAACGAUCCUCAAAGAAUUGACGUUCUUAAGGAACAUAUCCGUCGAGCUAUUGAUGAAAUAGACCAACAAACUAUCGAAAAUGUGCUUCAAAAUCGGGUUAAAAGGAUGGACUAUUUCCAGGCCAGCCGCGGCAGACAUUUAACAGAAAUUGUUUUUCAUAAAUAA